CGGGUGCAGAGACAGACAUGUUGCGGCCGGUGUUGGUGCUGCUGGUGGUUUGGACAUGGACGAGCUCAGCGCUGGUCAGGGUUCCACUGAGGCGCGUGCCUUCGAUUCGUUCCCAGCUGCGGGCCAACGGCCUGCUGCAGGAGUUCCUGAAGGAGUCCCGCCCCGACAUGUUUAAUCGGCGCUACGCUCAGUGCUACCCGCCCGGCACGCCAUCGCUGCGGCUGAGGCGCUCCAGCGAGAAGCUCUACAACUUCAUGGACGCUCAGUACUACGGUGAAAUCAGUUUGGGGACUCCAGCGCAGAACUUCUCUGUGAUUUUUGACACCGGCUCAUCUGACCUCUGGGUGCCGUCAUCCUACUGCGUCAGCCAAGCCUGUGGGUCACACAGGCGCUUCAGGGCGUUUGACUCCACGUCUUUCCACCAUGAUGGUCGGGUAUUUGGGAUUCACUACGGCUCAGGACACCUGAUGGGAGUCAUGGUCAGAGAAACACUGAAGGUCGGGGGUCUGUCCAUCCUGAACCAGGAGUUCGGGGAGUCAGUCUAUGAGCCCGGAUCUGCAUUUGUAAUGGCGAAGUUCGACGGUAUUCUGGGGAUGGGUUACCCGUCCCUGGCAGAGAUCCUUGGAAACCCCGUUUUCGACAACAUGUUGGCGCAGAGGACGGUGGAUGAGCCGGUUUUUUCCUUCUACCUCAGCAGGAAAACAAGUAGCAGCAACCCAGAAGGCGAACUGUUGCUAGGCGGAAUUGACAAGUUGUUGUACAGUGGACCAAUCAACUGGCUCCCGGUGACUGCUAAGGGAUACUGGCAGAUUAAGAUGGACAGUGUCGCGGUGCAAGGUGUGAGUUCUUUCUGUCCUCAUGGUUGUCAGGCGAUUGUCGAUACUGGAACCUCCCUCAUCGCUGGACCGACUACCGACAUCCUCAAACUCCAGCAGCUGAUUGGAGCCACACCCUCAAACAUAAACGAGUACCUUAUUGACUGUGCCAGGUUGUCUAGUUUACCUCAUGUGACAUUUGUACUCGGAGGAAUAGAGUACACACUGACUGCUGCGCAAUACGUUAGGAAGGAGAUGCUUGGCAACAGGAUGUUUUGUUUCAGUGGGUUCCAGGCCGUGGACAUGUUUUCCGCCGAUGGCCCCCUGUGGAUUCUGGGAGAUGUUUUUCUUACAGAGUUUUACAGCAUCUUUGACAGAGGACAGGAUCGUGUUGGCUUUGCCUCUGCUAGGCACCCAACCAUACCUAACCCAUCGGUUAUCUUUGACUGACAACUACAGUAUAUCAUCAAUAAAUACUGUUUAAUGAAAAUGAC